UACGUGCUCUUCCACAUCGUCACCGUCUUUGCCGCCGACGUGCGCAGCAAGAGCAAGGCGCACGAGCGCGCCUACCAGAGCGAGAUUGCGCGCUGCGCGCAGCAGUACGCGCUCAACCACUGCGGCACGCCGAACCAGGCGCCGGCGCUCUCGGACAUGUGCGCCGGCUGGGAGACGUGCUACGCGCGCGACCCGAGCAGCGUCGCCAGCACGUACCGCAUCGUCGCCGAGGUGCUGGCCGACGUCGUGCAGGGCUUCCUUGCGCCGCUCGGCUGGAAGGAGCUGGCAUUCGUCGCCAUG